AUGGCUGAGGAUGAGGAAGAGCUGCUGCAACUGUACGGAGGCAUUGAUAUGAGUAAUCAUCAGGAAGUCUUCACCGCACUGUUCAACAAGGUGAGCAGCUCUCCAGCCUCUCUGCAGCUGCUUUCCAUCCUGCAGAAUAUGCUGUUGCUCGGGCCAGGCCGAACCGAUAUCUGGCUGGCUCUGGAGUCCAUCAACGAUAGAGCCAUGCUCCUCGCUCAGGACUCUCAGAUGGAGUCCUGUGAGAAGAUCAUGCAGCGGCUGAUGCUUUUCAAGGGGUGGAGCUCUGAAGGUCAUCAUGAGGUAGAUGGUCUUGUUCUGAAAGUGGACAAAGCUGUUCAGACCGGUCUGGAUGAGGACGACGGAGACAAGCCAGGCAUGAACGCAACGUCCUCCAAGAACCCUCCAUGUGCCUCUCCUCCUCCACCUCCUCCUCCACCACCACUACCUGGCGGGCUUGGCAUGCCUCCCCCUCCACCACCAUUACCAGGAAUGGGUGGUGCCCCACCACCACCUCCUCCAUUACCUGGGAUGCCUCCUCCCCCCCCUGGCAUGAUAGUGCCACAGACUAGCCAGAUCCUGUGGUCCGCUACAUCAGCAAAGACGGGCAGAUGUCCCACGCUGAAGAUGAAGAAGCUCAACUGGCAGAAACUUCGCUCGGUCACAGAUGGUCAAUCCAUGUGGGCGUCGGUUCAGAAAGAACCACCUCCUCAUGAGCCAGAUUACAGCAGCAUCGAGGAGCUCUUCUGUCUGCCUAGAACUGAUCUCAAAGACAAGGCAGCACCUACUCCUGUGAAGAAGGAACCUAAAGAGAUAACAUUCAUCGAUCCAAAGAAAAAUUUGAAUAUGAACAUUUUCCUGAAGCAGUUUAAAUGCACAAACGAAGAGUUUGCAGCCAUGAUCCAGAGUGGAGACCGAAGCAGGUUUGAUGUGGAGUCGCUAAAACAGCUUAUGAAGCUCCUACCAGAGAGACAUGAGAUUGAGAAUUUGAAGUCCUUCCAAGGAGAAAAAGACAAGCUGGCGAAUGUUGAUCGCUUUUACACCUCCCUGCUUAAUAUACCAUGUUAUCAGCUUAGAAUUGAAUGCAUGUUGCUAUGCGAGGAGACUGCAUCGCUGCUGGAGAUGCUCAGACCUAAAGUGAAGCUGGUGGAGGAAGCCUGCCAGUCUCUCAAGAUUAGCACCCUAUUGCCCAGUUUCUGCAGACUCAUCCUCUGUGUUGGAAAUUUUCUCAACUAUGGAAGUCACACAGGGAAUGCCGAGGGCUUUAAGAUCAGCUCUCUGCUCAAGUUAACAGAAACAAAAGCCAACAAGAGCCGCAUCACACUGCUCCAUCACAUCCUGGAGGAGGCAGAAGUGAAACACCAGGAGCUGCUGGCUCUGCCAGAUGACAUAGAGAUAUGUCAGAAAGCAGCAGGGGUCAAUUUGGACUCUAUGCAGUCGGAAACUGGUCUUUUGCUUAAACAGCUUAAUGACGCUGCCAAGAAAGUGUCCAACUCUGUGGAUGAGGUGAAGGAGCAAUACUCAAAAAUCCUUGAGGAAAACCUAAAGGCAUGCCAAGCUUUAAAUGAGAGAUUUGAAGAGAUCGGGAGGCAGAGGAGCGACCUGGCUGUCUACUUGUGCGAAGAUGCGAGUCAGCUGUCGCUGGAGGAGCUCUUCGGAACCAUCAAAACUUUCAGAGAACUUUUUCUUAAAGCACUUAAGGUGAGGGAGUAA